AUGGCUCAUCUCAUUGGAGGAGGCGGGGAGUCAGGGGUGGGUGGGAUGCGGGAAGAUGCAUUCUUGUCUGCUCUGCCGUUCGUGCUUUCAUCUUGCGUCCUUGUUCCAUAUCAGCAGCACAGAUGGCAGCAGCAGCUGAGGAGGUCACUUCCACGCUCCGACGAACACGACACGUCAUGGAACAGGAAUAUGUGGGAUGCUGACGUGGCAGGAACAGGUGGGAUGGUGUCGUGGCAGGAACAGGUGGGACAUGGCAAGAACAGGUGGGACAUGGCAGGAACAGACACGUCAGCCGCAGUGCUGAUGUCAGCAGGAUCGCAGUACUCCCUGCAGCACUCCCGCCUCUCCACAGCCCACCAGCUGCUGGCACUGCUGCAGCGAGGGGACGUGGCGGACAGGCUCAUCAUCAUCCUCGGGUCCCUCUUCUUCUUCCUCGUCUGCUCCUUCAUCGUCAUCUCUCGUGUUCCCCUCCUCAACUCCCUCCUCCUCUCCUCCACCUCCAUCCUCCUCUCCACCACUCACGCUUUCCUCUCCCCCUUACUCUCCCUCGUCUCAUCCCUCCUCACCGCUCUCGCAUCCUCCUUCCUCCCCACCCUCGCCUCUCUCUCCUCCUCCUCUCUCACUCUCGCAUCCUCCUCCCUCUCCUCCCUCCACCACACACUCCAACCCCUCCUUUCACCCCCAUCGCCUCCCCUGCCUCCUCUUCCUCCCUCCGCCCCCUCUCCCAUGCCCUCCCCUUUCCCCCCUUCCCCCCCUUCCCCACCCACCACUGCCACCACUCUUCCCUCCUCUUCGUCCCCCCCAUCUUUCCCCUCCCCUUCUCCCUCAUCCGCCAACUCUCUCCCCUCUCUAAACCCAUCUCAACCGCACACGCCUUUUGAGACGCCGGACACACCAAGCCGGCAACAGCAACAAGAACAGCAGGAUGAAAAAAACGUUGGUGGGCCAGGAGAAUUGUUGCCAUCAAGCAUGGGGGAGGAAAGAGAGCGGCGGGGAAUAGAAGGGGGGCGUGCAGAGGGUGGUUCAGAAGGGGUGGGGGGAGGAGGAGGGGAGGGAGGUGGAGGUGGGCAGGAAGAAGCAGGGUCAGCUAGAGCAGGGGCAGGGCAAGCAGAGGCAGGUGAAGCAGAGACAGUGCCUGCAGUAAGAGGAGCAGCGAGAGAAGGGAUGAGAGAAGGGGCACGGAGAGAAGGAUCAGCGGCGAGAAGGGUGCGGCGAGGGACAGCGGGGAAAGAGCCGACGGGGAAAGGGAAGAUGGGUGGUAAGCAGAGGGCGGCUGCACGAGGGAAGGUGAGGGGUGGGGAAAGAGGAAGGCAAAGAGGGGGAGCAGGAGGAGCAGGGAGUGGAGGGGAACGAGGAGGUAAAGAGUCAAGAGAGGGAGUAGUAGCAGGAGCAGGAGCAGGAGCAAGGGAGGAGCGAGGAGGCAGAGGAAGUGGAGAGGAGGACGCAGGAGGUAACACAAGAGUAAGAGGAGGAGAAGAUGGAUUGGCAGGUGCAGGUGAAUCUAGUGAGGGCAGUGCAUCCGACACAGCCGGUGGUGAAUCAGCCGUUAGUCGCCAAGUCCCCAUGCCUGAAGCACCUCCUCUUGCUCAUCCGCCUCCCCCUGCCACCCACCGUGCUGCCUACUACGGGUAUCCUGAUGUUGGAGAUUCACCUGCUGGGGAUUCACCUGCUGGGGAUUCACCUGCUGGGGAUUCACCUGUUGGGGAUUCACCUGCUGCUGCGCCUGUGAGUGGCGGCGGAGGGGAGGAGACUGCAGAGGGUCGGGUGGUAGCAGGCUCAGGCGGGUAA